AUGAUUAAGCAUACAGCGAGAGUAGCAGCUCGACAGCGGGCUGGGCUCGGUGCCUGGCAGUUCCGCUCGCCUCGGUCGAUGCCAUUGGUAUUUUCAGCUCCCGUUUACCCCCAGAAAUCGUUGUGUUCACCUGGACCUCGCGUGACACCAGCGCUAAAGGAUUGGGGUGUACGGAUGUUUAGCUCCACCAGGAAGACGAUGGAAGCCGCUAAGAAUGUCCCACCCAAGUCCGGAUCGUUGUUUGGCCAAUCCAUCUCAACCUCCCAGUCUCAGAUGCUCCGGUCCCUCCUCAUGACCAUCUGGCCCAAAAACAACCCUCGUUUUCGCAUACGGGUGGUGGUGGCUCUUGCUCUCCUCAUCGCCGCCAAGCUCCUCAACGUCCAAGUGCCGUUUUUCUUCAAAAGUAUCAUCGACGGCAUGAAUGUCGAUUGGAGCGACGGGGUAGGCAUUGGUGGCAGCGUGGUGGCGGCCCUUGUGUUCGCGUACGGGGGCGCCCGGUUCGGGGCAGUGUUGUUUGGCGAGCUUCGUAACGCCAUCUUCGCAUCGGUGGCCCAGACCGCCAUCCGCCGUGUGGCUCUCAACACGUUCGAACGGUUGUUGAACAUGGACCUCCAGUUCCACCUUCUGCGCCAAACCGGAGGCCUCACACGGGCCAUUGAUCGAGGCACCAAGGGGAUUUCGUACGUGUUAAAUGCAUUGGUAUUUCAUAUCAUCCCCAUCACCUUUGAAAUUUCCGUCGUGUGUAGCGUCUUGACCUACAACUACGGGGCGCUGUUUGCGGCCGUGACCUUCUUCACCAUGUUGGCGUACUCGGUGUUUACCAUCCGUACCACUGCCUGGCGGACCCGGUUCCGGCGGGAGGCCAAUAACGCUGAUAACCAAGCUGGUAGUGUGGCAUUGGACUCGUUGAUCAACUUCGAGGCCGUCAAGUAUUUCAACAACGAGGGCUUCCAGGCAUACAAGUAUGAUGCGGCUCUCACCAAGUACCAGAAUGCCUCUAUCAAGGUGGCCACCUCGUUGGCGUUUCUCAACUCAGGGCAGAACCUCAUUUUCAGCUCCGCCUUGACGGCCAUGAUGUAUAUGGGGUGUCUGGGAGUUGCUGGUGGCCUGUUGAGUGUCGGUGACUUGGUGUUGAUCAACCAGCUUGUGUUUCAGCUUCUGAUGCCCUUGAACUUCUUGGGAUCCGUGUACAGAGAGCUUAAGCAGUCCUUGUUAGAUAUGGAGAACUUAUUCCAGCUCCAGAGCCAUCACAUCGAAAUUGUGGAUGCCCCGGGAGCCAAGGACUUGGUGCUAGACCCCAAGAAUCCUGGUGAAAUCCGCUUUGAAAACGUCAGUUUUGGCUACCAUCCCGACAGACCUAUUCUCCAGAAUGCCACAUUCACGAUCCCUGCCGGCCAGAAGGUGGCAGUAGUGGGACCCAGUGGCAGUGGGAAAUCUACCAUCUUGCGGUUGGUGUUCCGGUUCUACGACGUGUCUAGUGGGCGAAUCCUCAUUGAUGGGCAGGACAUUCGAACCGUCAAGUUGCAGUCAUUGCGGGAGAAGUUGGGGAUCGUGCCCCAGGACACACCACUCUUCAAUGAUACCAUUUACGAGAAUGUUCGGUAUGGACGUCUUGAUGCCAGUGAGGCCGAAAUCAACGAAGCCAUCCAAAGGGUCCAGCUUGACCAGUUGGUUUCGCAACUUCCCGAUGGAAUCCGCACCGUGGUGGGGGAGAGAGGUAUGAUGGUUUCGGGUGGAGAGAAACAGCGUCUUGCUAUUGCCCGUCUUUUGCUCAAAAAACUGCCUAUCACCUUCUUUGAUGAAGCAACAAGUGCAUUGGAUACUCACACGGAGCAGAACCUUUUGAAGGUUAUCCGUACCGUGUUUAAAGACACCCGCAACACCAACGUCCUGAUUGCACACCGAUUACGGACCAUUGCCGACAGCGACAAGAUCAUUGUGUUGAGGCAAGGACAGGUGGUUGAAGAAGGGCUGCACUUGGAACUUCUUCAAAAAGACGGCUUAUAUGCGGAUCUUUGGAAUGUCCAGGAGAGUUUGGACAUGGAGCAGGAGUUGGUGCAAGAGAAUAUCGAAAACGAGAAGCAGUUGUAGCCUGAGUGGUUGCGCCAGUGAAUGUUUAAGCGAAGCAAAUUUCAGUUUAGUCUAUGUUCCAUUCCCACUUGAGACCAAUGUUCCCCGAGUUCUUUGGUUCGCAAUCUUGUACAUACACAUGUCCAACCAAGGUUUACGCCCCAGUGGAUCAAAGGUGAUGAGAUCUCACGCGAUCCACCAUGGGCAUCGACAUCGGCCACCACAUAUUCAAUGUUCAGUAAAUAGACAUAUCAAUGGAACCCCACCGAUGGGAAUAACGUAGAUGCUUGUGGUUGCAAAUUUGGAGGGUGAUACCUGGCAGUUACCUGAGUUUGUUGAC